AUGACCUGGCAGCAGCUGUUGGACGAGCUGUGCACAGCAAUCAGCAGCCACGACACGCUGAAGCUGGCGAUGUUUCUGCUGCGGAUCAUCAACCUGCAGGACAUGGAGGACUUCCGGCCAGAGCAGACGUCGCUGGACUUCAUGCUGAUCAACCGGUCCAUUGCGGCGGCACAGCGGGGCGGCGGCGGCAGCGGCGACGAGUUCUUCCAGCAGCUCUUCCUGCUGUGCAUGGACCUGCUGGUGGCGCUCAAGAGCGGCAACGUCGACACGCAGAUCCGGUGCCAGACGGAGCAGAUCAACCUCCUGUCGAAGCGGCUGCUGGACGAGCCCUCGUUCUUCCUCAUGCCGAUCAUCAUUGUAGCCAAAAACCUGCGCCGGGUGGUGUUCUCCAACUACCCGCCCAACAGCGCCCGCAUGCUCGACGACAGCACGGCCACCCCGACGGUCGACAGCUUCACCAACGCGAUCCAGCGCCCGUUCAAGCUCUUGAUCUCCAACAAGUCCGACAACACAAUCAACAUCUCCGCCAUCCACAUCUUUGCGUCGCACUUGUUCUCCAUCUACUUCAAGUACAACAAGUUGAACGCCGUCAUCAACCUCUACAAGGUGUUGUCCAACACGGUCCUCAGCGACACCGCCCGAGAUACCCGUAGAAUAGAAAUGAGCCCGAUGCUGCCCACGCAGUCCUUGUUCGACUACUUCAUCGGACUGUCCCUCCUCGUCCAGUCCAACUACGAGAAGUCGUUCGCCUUCUUCAACUCCGCAUACCAAAACAAGCACUCCAGGUCGCUGGACCUCAAGAUCUUGUUCUACCUACUCCCAUUGAACUACCUCAUCUCCAAGAAACUCCCUACAGACGCGUUUUUCCAAAAGCACCCGGACCUCAAGGUCAUCCAGCCGCUCUACACCUGCAUCAAAAAACUGUCCUUGUCCGAUUACAACAAGAACCUCGAGGCUUUCAAGUUCCUCUUGCUCAGGUUCAAGGUCUACUCCCUCUACAUCAAAUUCCAGACAAUGAUCCAGCUGCAGACCCUGAAAACCGCAUACGCCAUCUACAAAGACACACAGACCCCGGAACAGCUGCAGAAGGCCCACAUCGUCGCCUUUUCCUUCUUCACCACCUCCCUCAACCUGGGCACCUCCUGCACGCAGACCGAUUUUGACACAGAGUGUCUUCUCUGCCGACUCAUUGCCACCAACAACAUCAAGGGCUAUCUCUCCCAUGCCAAACAGGUCAUCGUCCUCAGCAAGUCGUCCCCCUUCCCUUAG